AUGGGUUCAUACCACCACCAACCCCAGUGGUCUGGCUGGGGCUACCAGAGCGCUGCCCACCAGUACCCCAGAUACUCUCAACAGCUACCAAGUUAUGCGGCUUACCUCCCUGAAUCAAUGGAGCUUUACAAUGCUCAUCAGGGGCAUCUCCUAUAUCAUCACCAAAUGUCUAGAACAACUGAGACAAAACCUCGACUCUCUAAAGAGGAAGUCGAGAUCCUCGAGGCCGAGUUUCAGAAGAAUCACAAGCCCAACAGCACUACCAAGAAGGCACUGGCUGAGUCUAUGAGAGUAGACAAUGCCCGUAUCAAUAACUGGUUCCAAAACCGACGAGCACGGGAGAAGAAGGAGAAGAACAUCCGCGAAUACGCGGCGAAACAGCGAAUGGACAAAGAUACAACCUCCAAUGACUCCGGUGUCCAUUCAGACGACGACCAUCUCUCUGAUCGGGUUGUUUCCAGCGCUCCAUUCCCAGCCCCUCGCCCUCUCGAAACCCGGUCGACAGACGUAUCAAGUCCUGAGCAUGAAAGCGAGAAUGAUGCUAGCCACUCCGAUUUUGGUAUCGGCUCAUCCCCAGAUCUAUCUUCUCAACCUACACCAGAGCCUGUAUCCGUAUCUCUCAACACAUCCCUGCCCUCUUACAGUCAAUAUCCUCAGCUGAUUGUGCCAAACGAGGAUGAUGAACCUACGCCUUCAUUACCCCAGCAGUGCUUCCCUCGCCUGUCCACAUCCCCUAUUCAGCAGCAAUAUGUUUACUCCGGCAACAACCUUGCUGUGGAUCAGCCCUCUAUGGGUCUGAAGCCCUCCCCUUCAAUGGAUAUUGCAUCUCGUCGAAACAGGCGUCCACCUCAACUUGCCAUCAACGCCUCCCGCAGUUACUCAGCAAGCGGUCCUAGAACCGGAUUCGACAUGGGAAGAAGGGCAGAUGUUGGCCACUCAAUGCGUCGUGUCGCUUCCGCGACUGGCGUCGGCCGUAUCAGCAAACCCUGUGGUGGCCCACGAAGCCCCUAUUUUGAGAGAAACCCCGAGGCUCUCAUGCAGCUUAACCGCUCCCCUAGCUUCCAGACUGCUGCAACAAUCGCACCGCCCACUCCCAAUACGCCGGUCGUAGCAAACCCGCAGGGCUUAUGCGAGGCCACUCCGGCUAGCUCAGUAGCAUACGAAGAGAAGUACCCAAUGGAUCUUGCCAUUCACGACCCAACUCUGCGUACCCCACCGACUACACCAGGUGUCAUGGAUCAACUGUACAGCAACGAAUCUGUGUAUCAGGUCGCCGUGGCGGAUGAACCUCUGGUGACACCAGGGCUGGCGCCAUAUCCCAAUGAAUUCGAGGUUCCAGGUACCUCAAGCCAAGUACCUAACUAUGUUUCCCAGGGGUGCUCUAGCCAGCCCCAGACCCCUUCUUAUGGUGCCCCAAUGGGGCCUUCCUACUUUGGCUUCGCUGGUGGCAAUGCUGAGUACAACUGGUCCGACGACGCCUCAUUAUCAGCACAUUCAUCACCUGGACAGAGCCAGCAGAGCGUCAAUUUUAUGAACAUGACGCCCUCCAGCUUCACAUACUCGGACAAGUAA